AGUCAACAACACCAAGAAACUUCCUACGACACAAGACCCAAAUCGAAGGUCUCUCCUGCCAAGAAACCCAUACUCUCUCUCCUCUCUCUCUACUGUCAAUUCAACUCCGCCUCCCUUUCUCUUUAACAUCCAUCAUGGCAGACCCUUCUCGACCCGCUACAGGCUACCCUGUUCCCCCGGCCCAACAUCCUAACGGCUACCCUCCGCCUCAAUCUGCCACCGCUUAUGCACCACCGCCUACAAACCCCUACUAUUACAAUCAACCGCCACCAUAUCCCAACCCUCGCACUGCCCUGCUCCGCCGCUUAAUCGCAGCUCUAAUUGUCAUCACCGUCCUAUUUUUAACUAUUCUCUUCAUUUGCUGGCUCGUCAUCCGCCCCCACCGCCCCCAAUUCCAUGUAACCUCACUUUCUGUCACCAACUUGAACGUUUCCACAUCCUCGCAGAGGCUGACAGGCUACUGGAACGCCCGCCUCCAGGUUUAUAACCCGAACAAGAAAUUGAAGAUCUCCUACGAUGAAAUCGCGUCCUCGAUUCUUUACAAAUCGGAGAUUUUAUCACAGACACGAAUCCCACCCUUCAAACAGGAUACAAAGCAUCUGACUACUAUUGAUGCCGAGUUCUCGGCGGUGGAUUCUUACGUGGACGAGAGGGUGGUGAAUGGUAUCAACGGGGACAGGGCACGUGGUUCUGUCGGUUUCAAUCUGAGGGUGGUGGCUGAUGUUGGAUUUAAGGUAGGUCGGUUCAGAGCGCGGCGGCGGUUACUAAGAGUUUGGUGCGACAACGUAGACAUUGGGCUUUCGGCGAAUGGUGGAUCAGGGAACUUGACCGCUGGAUCAAAGGAAUGCAAGGUUUUUGCGUGAGUAAAAAUUUAGAGCCGUUAGUUUGAUAUUGUUGUCUUGCUGACUAACUUGGAAGUAUAAUAUCCUUUUUUAGAUUAGGAAAAGUUAUGUCUUUUGAUGCUAGUGUCUGAUGAGUUUGUAUAUGAUUUAGGCUUUUGAGGCUACUGAACAUCUAUUUUUAUUGUUUGUGUAAUGGUUUUAAUUGAUGUUAAUUUGAUUUAUGCAGUUUAAUUGCAUAUUGCUACUAAAAUUGAUCUUAA